CAAAAAUACCAUAAUAUAAGGUUUAUUUUUAUUAUUAACAAUCUGAAGUCUCAUAUGAGACUUUUAAAAAUCUAUUGUAUACCUAAAUAAAAAAGACCGCGAACAGCUAUGUACAUAACCUGAACAUAAUGUUUUAAUACAUAUUUUUUAUUAAAAUAUAAGCGUGGCCCAUUUCAUACCCACAGAAGUCAUUUGUUGAGUUAAACAAUAACAACUCCCAGUAAUGGAUUCAAAGGCGCUGCGCAGCAAAAAUAUUAACAAUAAAAACAAGAAGGCUUCGUCUAAACAGAAAACUAAUAAAAAGAAGAAAUGCGAUGGGCCAACAUGUUCUAUGUUUUUAUCUGAACUUACAAAAAAAUUGCAUAUGAAGAAGAAAAAUGAAGAAGAGAGGCCUAAAAAUAUAGUUCAUACCAUAAUAGACAGCAUAAGCCAUGCGUUGCCGGUAAAAUUUUCAAGGACUUCACCGCCAAAACAGGACUCUCCAUUGCAAAUAGAUGCAAUACAGGACCUGGCUCCAGAGUUACUGCCCACCGAUGCAAUGGAAGUGGACCUAAACACACCACCCGAAGUACCACCUCCAGAAAAAAAUAUUAAUGUCAUUCAAGAGCACACUUACAAACCGCUUGCUAAAAAGACACCAAUAGACACCGAGCUCAAAGGAGUGGGUUUAAAACCGGGCAUUGUCAAGGCAUCUCGAAUACCAUUGAAAACUAUUGACCUUAACCUUAAAAAUCUGAAGCCAUUAGAACAACCUAAACCGGUGGUACGCAAAGAGGACGCGUCAGUCAACACUGCGGUGGAUCGCGAUGUCGCCAGUGAGCUGGCAAGACAUGUGACGACUUUGCGUAAAAUAUCCUUGAUUGCCGAAGAAUUUAACCAGAAAACAGCCAGAAAUCUGAAAGAAAUUGUUGACAGCGUCCAAGAGGAUUUGCUCAGAAAACUGAAUGAAGCACAAGCUGAAGAAAAUGCCUCUUUUUAAUGCAAUAAGUAUCUUUGGUAUUUGAUAGAAGAAAAAUAUUUUGAUUACUUUAUCAAUUUGAGGUUGUCAAAAUGAAUUACAACAAAAUUCUCAGUGCCAGUAAAUAAAGUUGCAAUACAUCCCA